AUGCCGGCGAGAUUUGUAAUUUUGACGGAGCAUCAGCCCAUACUCUCUGAGAAGCUGCGGUCUUAUGACACGGCAGAUGCCAAGGGACGCAAGACUCUGGUUCAGAGCUUGCACCAGAAGCUGAAGACACAGUUUGUCAAUGCAUCAAAUUAUGACGACAUCAUUGUGGAAACUAAAAUCCAAGAGUGGCUCAAUAACCACGCCCGCCAUGUGCAGGAGAAAGCGACAAAAAAGCGUAUGCAUGUUUCUGGCAAGCCCAAUGCCUUCAAGGUGUGGGAUGCGCUAGAGAGGGACAAGAAGGUGUAUGAGGAAAAGGCGGAAAGUUGGCGCAAUGGCACUCUGGAUGAUAAGAUGAAAAUGAAGCUGAGGGAGCAGCGAAUGAUGCAAUAUCUGAAGAAGUUUGCCAAGACUAUGUGGGACACCAUGGGCAUUCGCAUGGCAUUCAUGCUAGCAUAUCCAAAGGAAGCGGGGAGUCUGAAGGUAGAGAUGGUGGAGGUCAACCACGCCAUCACCAAUGGAACUCCAUUCGGGGCCUAUCCUGGGUGGCUGCGUGCUUACCAGCCUCUAGCAAAGGUGUUCUCUGAGUGGGCCAAAGGCGAAUACGGUGUGACUGAGACUACGGUGACAGUGAAGAAGACACCUGCUGAUUGCAUGCGGGCCAUGGACAAGAUUUGGUUGACGGCCAACGGUUUUCCUCUGCUCCCCUCGGUGCCCGAAGGUAUGGCGGAAGCGCCUCUCAAGGUGAUGAAGGUACAAGUUCGAGACUUCAUGAAUCAUUACUACGCAUUGGCAAAGGGUGUUCGGAACUGCAAGUCAUCAUGGACGAAGCUGAACAGCAUAGACGACAUCAAUGAGGUUAUUCCAGCGGAGAUGCUACCUGAGAACUUCCAGUGGAUCGAUCCCUCAAAGAUGACAAGUGUUCCCGUUCGUGCCCUCCUCGACCACUGGCGGGCACGCCAAGAGGAACAUGGACCUGAGCAGACCAUGCGAUUCACCCAGUACUUCGACAAGGAUGGCGAAGCUGCUCCCGCCAAGUAUGAUCCUCUUCCACCACUUGACGGAUCAGCACAGGCAUUAGAAGAAGGAUCUGAACAUGAGGUCCAAGAAGCACUCACACCGAAAAAGGCAGGGAAGGCGAAGAAGAAGGGUAAACCUGUGCGCAAGGUCACGGGAAAGGCGGCAUCGAAGGCGACAAAGGGCAAAGUGGCCCCUGGCGGAGCCAAAGGCGGUGGGCGUAAAUGCAAGACGAAAGAUGCAUACGACUCGGAAGACGAUGCCAGAAGCAGCCAAGACUCUGAUCGGAGUUCGCCAGAUAUACCCAGCAUGGCUUCCGAAGAAGAUACGGCCAGUGAUGAAGAUUCAGGGGAUGGCGAGAGCAUGAUUGCGAAUAAAGUGAAGGGCAAGGCAGUCGCCACCACCAAUGGACGUAAGGCUAACAAUGGCAGUGCACCUCAAGCGAGUGGUAGCGGCGGUGCCAAGACGAAGGCAAAGCGAGGUCUCCAAGACCUUCCUCUGGGCGAACUGCACAGAUUUGACACAGAGGAGACCAAUGAAGCAUCGAGUGAACUGGAGCCCAGUACAAAGGAGCUCAGGCUUGAGCUUCAAGGCCGAGCCCCACGUCUCACUGGCGGGAGUACUGUGGGGAGUACUGUGCCCCACCUCGUCAAAAGGAGAGACGUGUUUCUUGCCACCCUUUCCAUCGAACCGCGAUACCAGGAUAUGCUGAAGCAAGUCAAGAUUGCGACUGUGCCCCAGGUGUAUCAUUUUGCCAGGUAUGAUCCGAUUCCCUGGAGCGAAUGGUCAUAUGGCCAGCGCUACCUCCCGCUGUCAUUUCAUGCGGUGGACAACUUUGACAUUGUCGAGAACUGGUUGGGCGACAAACUAUGGCUGACAAAAUAUCGGUUCUUACAUCCACAGGGCGUACAACAAUCUGCACUCGUGAUUGGUAUGGCACUGAGGGACCUCACACGAUCUCAGUUCAUUGAGGAGGGCGAACCGACCAACCUUCCCGACUAUGUGGUGAACUCGGCGAUCUCAUUUGACGCAGUAGAGCAGCUGCUUCGCUGUUGCGAGAUCAUUACCUUGGACAUGGUGGAAGGGAAUGUCACCCAUGCCAUGGUGAAGCCAGUGAGCAAGCCUGCCAUACGCGGUGCCCCACAAGGUGGCGAUGGCCUUGGGGGCCAGGAGGAGCAGGAAGGUGAUGCCUCUGCAAGAACUCACGAUGGCACUGCUACUGCUGCCAAAGUUCACAAGGCUCACCAGCCUGCCCCCAUGGCUGACAAACCAAUCAUUCCAAGUGGAGAAGACGAAGGGCCGAGCCAGGAGACCAGUGGUGGGGCCUCUGAUGAUGGCGAAGAGGACGAUGCACACUUGUCCGUACCUGGAAGUGGUGCUGAACGACCGCCACCGCCUCCAUUUAUACCUAAGACGAGGAAGGCCGCAGCCACGGAAGACCGUCCGUCAGGUCAAGCCAAAGCGCUCCAGGGAAGGUCGAUCACCGAUGCCCUUCAGAGUAAUAUCCCCGGCAGGAUCACUCGCAGUCAGCGUCAAGCGAUGGAUGAGUCACCCGCCAAGAAUACCCGCAGUCAGCAUCCACUAGGAGCUGUUAAAGAUUUGAAGAAGCUUCCUGAUCCAAAGCGGAAAUGUUAA